AUGUCGAAGUCCGUGUACUUUCGAGAAGAAAACGAAUCAGACACGGGAAAACUAGAAAAGAUUUUAGCUGCGACGGGAGCCGAAGUCGACGAAAUUUCAAAAUACCGUCGUUUAUUUAUUAAAGAAAUAUCUACUGGACUUCGUUUUCUCAUCGAUACGGGAGCCAACGUUUCUGGCUUACCAAUUAGAAAAAUAGAAAAAAGCAAAAUGAAGCAAAAUAGUAACCUAUACGCCGCCAACGGAACGUCAAUACCAUCUUAUGGCGAACGAACAAUGGUUUUGAAUAUCGGUUUACGGAGACCCUUCAAAUGUAAUUUUGUGAUCGCCGAAGUAACUCGACCAAUAUUAGGCGCCGACUUCCUGCACAAACAUCAACUUACAGUCGACAUUCAUGGCCGGCGAUUGAUUGACAAAAAAACUGAGUUAUCUGUCGUCGGGUACGUCACACCUACAUCAGAGCACAGUAUCAACACUGUAAGCAACAAGCAACCGUAUCACGACCUACUGGCAAAGUACCCAGAUAUCACUCGACCAACGCUGAAGCUCUGUCACAGUCUGGGCGAACCUCUAAGCCAUCCGUACGCUUCGCUGGCGGCGGAGUAA